AUGGAUACCAGUAUUCAGCGUGCGUUGAACGACAAGCUCUAUGACAAGCGCAAAAUCGGCGCGCUCGAGCUUGAGAGAGUCAUUCGGGAGUUAGUGGCCAGCAAGGAUUAUCAGAGAGUUCACGACGUACUCGAGCAGCUCUGUAACGACUACGCUUAUGCGGUUCACCAACCGCAUGCAAGGAAUGGCGGCUUGAUCGGUCUUGCUGCGGCCGCCAUCGCCUUAGGCCCAGAACUUCCUCGCUACCUCUCGAAGAUUGUGCCGCCUGUAUUGGCCUGCUUUACUGAUCAGGAUGCGAGAGUGAGGUACUAUGCUUGUGAGGCCAUGUAUAAUAUUGCCAAAGUGGCCAAAGGGGAGAUUUUGAUCUAUUUUAACAACAUAUUCGAUCAACUUUGCAAGCUUGGAGCCGAUUCCGAACUUUCUGUCAAAAAUGGAGCAGAGCUUCUCGACCGACUCGUCAAAGAUAUCGUGUCCGAGUCUGCCGCCUCUUAUGUUUCAGUGCUUGAAGCGCAACCAGAUAUAGACAACGACAAGGACGAGCUGGAGGACCCGCGCGUGCACCUUCCGACUGCAUUCUCUUUACCAAGAUUUAUACCCCUUCUGAGAGAGCGCAUAUGGGUCUCAAAUCCAUUUACACGGCAAUUCCUAGUCGGCUGGAUCACGUUGCUGGACUCGAUCCCGGACUUGGAGCUGGUGACAUAUCUUCCUCACUUCCUCUCCGGCCUCCUGAAGUUUCUGUGCGACCAGAAUAGCGAUGUGCGGACCGCCACCCAUACCUGUUUAGACAAGUUCUUGAGCGAAAUCAAGCGCAUUUCGCGUGUCAAAAAAGGCAUACUUGAGAGCAAGAAGUCCCGUGAAGGUGGAAAGAGAAAACGACAAGAGUCCAUCGACAGCGGGAGCUACCGACCAGAGCCAGAGGAGGGUGAUGAGAUGGAAACUGAUAUGAGUGACGACGGCGGAGAUGAAAGCUGUGAGGAUGACUGGAUUCCCGGGCAAGACGUCGAAGUCAACUACAAAGAGAUUCUAGAAAUUCUCACUGCAUCUCUAGAGUCACCACUUGAAGAGGACAGUCUUUUGGAAUCCCUGCGGUGGAUUGUGGGAUUUCUCGAUAUCUGCCCUGGAGAAGUUUUGCUGUUCACGCCAAAUAUUUUGGCACAUAUGCUGCCGGCAAUGGCCAGCACCAAAGACACAGUUCAAAUGGCAGCAACAAGAGUGAAUAAUUCUUUAAUGGAUUACGUGGUCUCGCUGACGGAUGAGUCGGGCGCACCGCAUUCUGCUCUUCCAGUGCCAGGAUUCUCCGGCUCUAAACCAAGUCUACCGCUCGAGAAGCACGAAGCAGCUGGUAGUAACCGAGUUUCGGUGCCAAGCGCCCGUGAUCCAGACCAAAAUUCCAUGCUGUUGCAAAGCCGGACCGCGUCUGCGCAGAUCGGAAGCAUUCCUCAAGUCCAACCUGAUUUGGACUAUGCUGCGGCUGUGAAUUCUCUGACUCUACUUUUCUUGAACGAUCACGAAGCCACUCGAGUUGCAGCUUUGACAUGGCUCAUUAUGCUGCACAGAAAGGCGCCUAGAAAGGUUCUAGCAUUCAAUGAUGGCACAUUCCCGGCCUUACUCAAGACCUUAUCCGAUCCAUCUGACGCCGUCGUCACAAAAGACUUGCAACUGCUUUCACAGAUUUCCAGGAACAGCGAAGAUGAUUAUUUUGCGUACUUCAUGGUCAAUUUGUUGCAGCUAUUUUCUACAGACCGGAAGCUUUUGGAAAUACGCGGAAACUUGAUCAUUCGGCAACUCUGCAUCAGCCUCAGCCCAGAGAGGAUUUACCGCACCCUUGCGGAUUGUAUCGAAAAGGAGGAAGAUGUUGAAUUCGCGAGCAUCAUGGUUCAGAAUCUUAACAAUAAUCUCAUCACAGCUCCACAGCUUGCAGAAGUGCGCAAAAGACUGCGCAAUUUGGAAACGAAGGAUGGCCAAACUUUGUUUGUCGCUUUGUUCCGUUCUUGGUGCUACAAUGCAGUCGCUACAUUUUCGCUUUGCUUGCUUGCACAGGCUUAUGAACAGGCAUAUAAUUUACUGCAGAUUUUUGGUGAAUUGGACAUGACUUGUUCACGUAUCUUCGUUUGCAACUGCUUGAGCCCGAAAAAUAUCCGUACUUAUACAAAUCGCUAUUGGGUAUUUGCAUGCAGCGCCCCGCAGCGCUGCACCUUCGUCUAG